AUGGCGGCGGAUGGAGUGAGGAGCGCCGCAGCGGUGGAUGGGGAGUGGACGGGAGAAGAGUGGAUUGGAGAAGAGCAAAUUGGAGGGGAGCGAACAGGAGAAGAGUGCAUCCGAGAAGGGGAGGGGAGUGGACGAGAGAGGGAGUUCGGACUUGGGUGGCGGCCGAGGGCGAGAUGUCGGAUGUAUAUGCCUUUGAGGCAGAAAGGUGUUCAACUCUGUUUCCAAUUGAUUGGAUUGUCUAUACACCAGCACACCACAAAUUCUUUCACACUCAAUAUGCCGACAUGGUGGGGUAAAUCAUCGUCAAAAGAUGUUAAGAAAACCACCAAGGAAAACCUGAUCGAUACAUUUCAUCGUUUGAUAAGUCCAAAUGAGCAAAAGGGAAGCACAAAAUCAAAACGGAAUUGUAGGCGUGGCAAUAAUACAGCUGCUGAGAAAGUUUGCAAAUCAACAACAGUGUCACGUCCAACUUCUCCUUCAAAAGAAGUUUCCCGCUGCCAAAGUUUUUCAGCUGAUAGGCUGCAUGCCCAGCCACUUCCUAUUCCUGGAGUACGCCCUCGAGUAACUCGUGCGGUUGCUGAUGUCAAUGAUUCAAAGCCCAUAUUGGAAAAACGUGGCAAACCACCACUGCUUCUGCCACUUCCUAAACCCAAUCUGCUUCACCGGGGACCUGGAAGCAGUGAUAUUCCUUCAGAAAUAGUGGUUGCUUCUGUCUCUAGCAAUUGUUCUGCUGAUAGUGAGGAUCGUGCAGAUUCUCAGCUUCAGAGCCCUGUUGGGAAUGAUACUGACAAUGUAACAAGGGUUUCUUCAAAGAACAAGUCAAGUAAUGUUCGCAAGGAUCACUGUGGUGCUAUUACUACCAAGACCACGAAGGAAAUAUUGAAACCAGCUGCUAAUGCAUUCCUCAGUAACCAUACACAGUCCACGCCACCAAGAGGUAUUUCAGCUGACAAUAAUCAACCAGAUUUACAAAAUCUCCGGCCAGUAGUUUUCGAGAGUGCUCCCAAUAGUUUGAUGUCAAGUCCUUCGAGAAGUCCAAGACCAAUAUGUCCUGAUCAUAUUCCGACUUCAGCCUUUUGGGCAGUGAAGCCUCAUGCUGAUGUAACUUUCCUUGGAUCUGGUCAGUGCUCCAGUCCAGGUUCAGGACAAACAUCUGGACAUAAUUCAGUGGGUGGCGAUAUGCUAGCCCAGUUUUUUUGGCAACCCACCAGGGGUAGUCCAGAGUGUUCACCAGUUCCUAGCCCAAGAAUGACGAGUCCUGGCCCUAGUUCUCGUGUGCAUAGUGGAAGUGUUUCCCCAUUGCAUCCAAGGUCUGGAGGAGUGGCACCUGAAUCUCCUACAAGUCGGCAUGAUGAUGGAAAGAAGAAGCAAACCCAUAAAUUGCCCCUUCCACCAUUGAGCAUCUCUAGCAGUUCAUUUUUUCCGAAUAACUCCACGCCAAGCAGUCCUAUUUCAGUACCCCGUAGCCCUGGCAGAACAGAGAAUCCAUCAAGUUCUGCAUCACGAUGGAAGAAGGGCAAGCUGAUUGGUCGCGGGACAUUUGGUCAUGUAUAUGUUGGCUUCAACAAUGAUAGCGGUGAAAUGUGCGCAAUGAAAGAGGUUACCCUAUUCUUGGAUGAUCCUAAAUCAAAGGAGAGUGCAAAGCAAUUGCGGCAGGAAGUAUCACUCUUGAGCCGCUUACGGCAUCCAAAUAUUGUACAAUACUAUGGAUCAGAAAUGGUUGACGAUAAACUUUACAUAUAUUUGGAAUAUGUUUCUGGUGGAUCCAUACAUAAACUUCUUCAAGAGUAUGGACAGCUUGGUGAACCAGCAAUACGCAGCUACACCCAACAGAUACUUUCAGGCUUAGCUUAUUUGCAUGCCAAGAAUACGGUCCAUAGGGACAUCAAAGGUGCAAACAUACUAGUUGAUCCAAGUGGCCGUGUUAAGCUUGCAGACUUUGGAAUGGCAAAGCAUAUCAAUGGGCAGCACUGUCCUUUUUCAUUUAAGGGUAGUCCAUACUGGAUGGCUCCAGAGGUUAUAAAAAAUUCUAAUGGAUGCAACCUUGCGGUUGACAUAUGGAGUUUAGGUUGCACUGUCCUGGAAAUGGCUACCUCAAAGCCACCAUGGAGUCAGUAUGAAGGGUUCAAGUACUUGGUUGAUGUCAUGUAUGGGAUUGAUGCUGGAAGGGCAAGGAGGCGGCCCAGGAUCAGGAUGCAGCACAUACAAGUGUUUUGA